GGAUAGCUAAUCUGUAUUCAGUUUCUGGCUUUACUUUGAGACAUUAUACUUCAUUUUUGUAGCGAAGCUAGCAGGCUAAAAACUGGAGAAGAAUGAUUGAAAGAAAUGACUUAAGUGUGCCCUGCGUUACUAUGACUUUAAAAUCUUAAUGCUCAUCAAAUGAAAAACAUGAUAUUUUCAUUUAAGGGAGGGGUAAAACCAAGUUAAAUUAAAACAGAAAAGUUUUAAAAGCUGCAGUAAUACUAAGUCACAGUGUAGAGAAAUUGGAACCAGAAAUGUGCUAACACUCUGUGUUUGGAAAGCAUUAUAUCUAAGCAGACAUGCUUUAUUGUGGAUCUUUUUACUUACUAGUCUUUCAGAGAACAGUGUUUUCGUGAGUACUAACUCUUUGGCUUUGACAAACAUUUCUUUUUUAUUAUGAACUCAUUCAGAAAGAAUUGUUACAUAUGUUUAACUGUAUAAAUCCUAUUCCUUUUUUUCCAUAUUUCUUUCUAGAAGUUUUAGAGUAUGUUUCAUAAUCCUCUUAUUCUGUUCCACCAGCAAUAAAAUUAAGGAAAAACUAAAAGAAUUCCUGUCUAAUCUUUAACGUUGCCAUUAAAUUCUAUCUUGUUAGCAUUAAUUCAGAAGAUACUAUAGAAAACUGUAUUUUGAUAAUAUUCCAUAGGAUUUUUUCUUAAAGUCAUUGCUUAGGAUAUGUUGUGGUUUGUAUAUUGUUUUACAUUGUUUAUUUUUGCAUAACACUGUGGCCUUUUACUUCAUUUAUUUUUAAAUCUUAAGCAUAUAGUGGAGGAAAAAUUGUUAUUCAGAUUCAAAAAAGACAACCUGUGGGUUUUAUGAUUAUUUCUCUUAUAUAUGAUAGUCUCAAGGUUGAUUGAUAGCAUUUUACAGCAGUCUAGAGAGGCACUUUUGAAAAGUUCAAGCAUCUGUGCUCUUAUUUCUUACCCUAUAGCAGGGUUUCUCGACCUCUGCACUACUGACAUUUUGGAUGAGAUAAUUCUUUUGGUGAAAGGGACUGCCCUAUGCAUUGUAGGACCUUUAGCAACAUUCCUGCUUUCUACCCAUGAAGAGCUCCCUUCUUCCCAGUUGUGACAAUCAAAAAUUUUAUAUGGAGGGCACAUUAUAUCUAAUUACUGGAGAAACAUUGAAAUCCAACUUCUGAAACGUUCUGGGUGAUAGACAGUUAAGGGUGAAGCUGUAUUGGUCUUAGUAUUUGCAGAUGUUGUAGCUGACUGUUCAUUUUUUCCCCCUCCCCAUUCUGUUAGAAGCUUCUGCCAACCAUGAUUCAUGGAAUGAUUUUUUUGAGCUGAGUAAUCUGUGGCUUUGCAGUUUCCUUGCUUUCUUUCCUUAGCUAAAUCUCUUCUAGUGUUAGCAAAGUAUUUAGCACAGGAAAGAUCUUUUAAAAUGAAAUAAUACAUGUAACGAUACGUUUUCCAGGUAGAUGAUUUUAACAAACCAUAAGCUUUUAUGCCUGUCCUUCGUUGUGUCUUUUCUGCCUCUGUCAGGCGAACUGUAAUGAAGAGCCUUAUAGUUAGGAAGACACAACUGCCUUUGAACAGUCCUUUGUGAAAUCUAAUGAUCGCAACGAACGAAAUAAACCAGAACACCGUUCUUCAAGCCAAGGACCCUUGUCAUCCAUUAAAGCGGUAAUCAAGAGAUCACUCAUGAAUAGUACACAGCAAAAAUGCCCCGUGGAAGAGCUUCUCGGACUUCUAUUCAGAGUGAACUUCAUCGAGACAGAAGGCGUCCAGAGAUCACCAUUGUGGCAGCUGAGCCGCUGAGGCCAGCCUCGUGGUUUCCAGGAACCCCACCCCCAGGAUUGGGAUUUCCUACAUCAUCUGCAGCUGGCUCUUGGAGGCCUAAUGAGCUGGUUCCUGCUGAGCUCCCACCAUCUUAUGAACAAGUUAUAAAAGAAAUCAACCAAGUUCAAGUUAAUACUACAAAUAAUAAUAAUGCUGCUGCUACUCCAAGGCACACUAUUACUUCUGCAACUCAGACUGACUUUUCAGAAGUAGACAACGAUCUGCCUCAAAGUAAUGCAACACUACAGGCACCUCUCAAGCCUCUUCAGCCUUUCCCAACAGUCUCAUCUGGCAAUCUUCCAACGAAUGUGGCACCUUUAAUAGUCUUUGAUAUUUCUGAAGAACAGAAUUGUCCAGAAAACCCCAGUGCUACAAGAUGUCCAGUGCCAAAACCAAGAUCAAAAAGCAACCUCAGACCAAUACCCAGAGAUUCUCACAGUAAAGAGCAAAGUCACCAGAAAAUCAGCCCAGCAGCCAUAGGAGAGGAGUCAUCCCCAGGCCGGCCCCAGUCUCUGCUGGACAACACUAGCACCUCAGACAGUCAGACAGUGAUGAACAUUAUGAACACGGAACAAAGCCAAAAUAGUAUUGUUUCCAGAAUUAAAGUGUUUGAGGGUCAGGCAAAUAUAGAAACCUCAGGACUGCCCAAGAAACCAGAAACUACUCCACGUUCACUUCCUCCAAAGCCUACUGUUUCCUCAGGGAAACCUUCUGUAGCUCCCAAACCAGCUGCUAGCAGAGCUUCUGGAGAAUGGGACUCUGGGACUGAGAACAGACUCAAGGUGACCUCCAAGGAAGGACUCACCCCAUGCCCUCCCCUGCAAGAAGCAGGAAGCCUCCCAGUUACCAAACCUGAAUUGCCAAAGAAACCAAACCCUGGCCUUAUACGAAGUGUUAAUCCUGAGAUUCCAGGAAGAGGGCCCCUGGCUGAGAGCUCUGACAGUGGGAAGAAAGUGCCAACUCCUGCCCCGCGGCCUUUGCUGCUGAAGAAAUCUGUUUCCUCAGAAAAUCCCACCGACCCUUCAGCUCCACUGAAACCUGUCACUGUUCCUCCCCGACUCGCAGGGGCAUCACAAGCCAAAGCAUACAAGUCACUGGGAGAAGGGCCCCCAGCCAACCCCCCAGUUCCAGUUCUGCAGAGCAAGCCCUUGGGGGACAUCGAUCUCAUCAGCUUUGAUGAUGAUGUUUUGCCCACCCCAUCGGGGAACCUGGCUGAAGAAUCUGUUGGUUCAGAGAUGGUUCUAGAUCCCUUUCAGCUCCCUGCAAAAACAGAACCAAUGAAAGAACGAGCAGUUCAACCAGCACCCACCAGGAAGCCCACUGUAAUUCGAAUUCCAGCCAAACCAGGAAAAUGUUUACAUGAGGAUCCACAAAGCCCACCUCCUCUCCCGGCUGAAAAACCUAUUGGAAACACUUUCAGUACAGUAUCUGGAAAACUCAGUAAUGUUGACAGAACUAAAAACUUGGAAUCCAACCACCCGGGUCAAACAGGAGGUUUUGUGCGAGGACCCCCAAGGUUGCCACCGAGACCUGUGAAUGGAAAAACCAUUCCAACUCAACAGCCUCCAACCAAGGUGCCCCCUGAGAGACCACCUCCCCCAAAGCUUUCUGCAACCAGAAGAUCUAAUAAGAAACUGCCUUUUAAUCGAUCCUCUUCUGACAUGGAUCUUCAGAAAAAACAAAGUAACUUGGCAACUGGACUCUCAAAAGCCAAGAGUCAAGUUUUUAAAAAUCAAGAUCCGGUGCUACCCCCUCGCCCCAAACCAGGACACCCUCUCUACAGUAAAUACAUGCUGUCUGUGCCUCAUGGAAUUGCCAGUGAAGAUAUUGUCUCACAAAACCCUGGAGAACUCUCUUGUAAGCGUGGGGAUGUACUUGUGAUGCUGAAGCAGACGGAAAAUAAUUACUUGGAGUGCCAAAAGGGAGAAGACACUGGCAGAGUUCACCUGUCUCAAAUGAAGAUUAUCACUCCACUUGAUGAACAUCUUAGAAGCAGACCACACGAUCCAAGCCACGCUCAGAAGCCUGUUGACAGUGGUGCUCCUCAUGCUGUCGUUCUUCAUGAUUUCCCAGCAGAGCAAGUUGAUGAUUUGAACCUCACUUCUGGAGAAACUGUUUAUCUUCUGGAGAAGAUAGAUACAGACUGGUACAGAGGGAACUGUAGAAACCAGAUUGGCAUAUUUCCUGCCAACUAUGUCAAAGUGAUUAUUGAUAUUCCAGAAGGAGGAAAUGGGAAAAGAGAAUCUGUUUCAUCUCAUUGUGUUAAAGGCUCAAGAUGUGUUGCUCGGUUUGAAUAUAUUGGAGAGCAGAAGGAUGAGUUGAGUUUCUCAGAGGGAGAAAUUAUUAUUCUUAAAGAGUACGUGAAUGAGGAAUGGGCCAGAGGAGAAGUUCGAGGCAGAACUGGGAUUUUCCCCCUGAACUUUGUGGAGCCUGUUGAGGAUUCUCCCACCUCUGGUGCAAAUGUUUUAAGCACAAAGGUACCACUGAAAACCAAAAAAGAAGAUUCUGGCUCAAACUCUCAGGUUAACAGUCUUUCUGCAGAAUGGUGUGAAGCUCUUCACAGUUUUACAGCAGAGACCAGUGAUGACUUAUCCUUCAAGAGGGGAGACCGGAUCCAGAUUCUGGAACGUCUAGAUUCUGACUGGUGCAGGGGCAGACUGCAGGACAGGGAGGGGAUCUUCCCAGCAGUGUUUGUGAGGCCCUGCCCAGCUGAGGCAAAAAGUAUGUCGGCCAUAGUACCGAAGGGGAGGAAGGCCAAAGCCUUAUAUGAUUUCCGAGGGGAGAAUGAAGAUGAGCUUUCCUUCAAGGCUGGAGAUAUAAUAACAGAGCUGGAAUCUGUAGAUGAUGACUGGAUGAGUGGAGAACUAAUGGGAAAAUCUGGAAUAUUUCCCAAAAACUACAUACAGUUUCUACAGAUGAGCUAGAGGAGAAGCUUGACUGUGUUCCUUGGCACAAGAACUCACUUGAACUAUCACCUUGACUAUCAGAUAUGUUUUUGCACUAUUUUUUUUAACUGAAAAAGAAAUAUCUAAGCCGUACAUGGUACACUAGAAUUUUCUGAAAGCAGAAAACGUCUAGAUUUUGUAGAUAGUUUUCAUUACAAUAGAAACAUGCACAUGGAAACCCAUGAGCUAGGGUUCUACCGAGGAAAACAUCUAGUGGGAUUAGCAAGGCGAAGGGAAAGCAUCUGGUGGCAUGCAUGGCAGCAUGGGAGGCUCACACGCAGAAGCUGCACGUGGACGUCUGUUUUAAUCAGCACAAGUGAAUUAACCAUGCUUCUUCAUUUUUUUUACUUUAGUUUAAAAAGAGAACAUUUAAUAUUCUACAUGCUGUAACUAUCAGGACAUGGUUAGCAAUCUAAAUUUCAUUUUUGACAUUCAAAUUAAUUCUUACAGCUUGAGCAUAUCAACCUUAUUACCAGAGCAAAUCCUUCCUUCAGGUGGGAGUUUACCGACUAGUUGGAGCGUUUGUAAGCACAUGGUGAAAUUGGCCCCUGCCCACCAAAAUAAUCCUUAUGUUACCAAGUGAUUCCCAUUUGUCUAAGGAUUUGAAGGGGGUCUAAAUUGGAUGUAUCUUACUUAGUCUAAAGAACCAAAACCAUCCCUGAAAUGCCUUGCUAAUACAACUAAUCCUUCCAUAUAUGUGCCAUACUUAUUUUUUUCCUCAGUGUAUACUUUAUGUUAACAGGGUUAUUACAAAGCACAUUUUCUGAAUCUGCAAUCAUUCCUUUGACAAUUACUGGACCCAAAGGAAAAUUCAUUUUCUUUGCAUUAUUUCAGUAAUAUAUAAAAACUGUGUCUUGUAAUAGUAGUACAUUAUGAAUCACAUAUAAAAUCUUAGAAUACAGAACAACUGUUAAGAUGGAAAACAGUGCCAAACCUCCACAGCUCAUUUCUUUGUGAUAUUAUCAGAAUGAAAAGAGGACAGAAGACUGGUAAUUUUUUGUUUUAUUUUUUCCCUAGCUCAUCCCUGCACAAUUAUUAGAGUAAAUGAAAAACCAUUUUCCUGCUUUCCAUUGUUAUAAAUUCUAAGCUUAAGACAAAAGUGGUUCUUUACAUGACUGAAUCAAUUACAGUUUAUGGACUAGAGCCAAAUAGGUUGAAGACAAUCUUCCAAACAGAUCAAUGGAAUAGAAUUUCAUUGGAAAUGUGAAACAUUUUCCCAACGAUGUUCAUGACCUUCUUCUGUUUUUGAGAAGAGUUUCAUAUGCUGGACCACAUUUUAGCUUUUAUUGUUUUUUUUCCCCAUUGUCCAGAAAGUUAGGCAACCAAUGACCACACUUUUCCAUGAAUACCACCUGGAGUUCGGCAAAGAAGGUAAUAUUUACUUGGUGUUUGACUAAAGUUGUCUCCCCAUUCUGUGGUUACAUUUUAUUUUGGACUAUGGGGACUUCUAAUACGUUUUGGUAAAGAAGAGAGUAUAAAGAAAAUUCUUGUCAAAUUUCACUCAAAAGUAAUUUCAUGAGAAAUCAAUUAUAUAAAGCAUUAUCCAAAUUAAAUUAUCAUUUGCAGCAAACUGUACAACAGCAGGAAGGAUAUGGACUGGAACAUGAGGUGUAUAUCUUUGCCUUUAUAAUUUUAACAUCUUAUAUUGAAGAUUCUGAAAACCUAUCUUUAUUAGAGGAAAAUCUCCAUCUUAAAUUUUGGCCUUCUGUCAGCAGAAUGAUAAGUGCAAUAGUUGUAAAUCUACUUGACACUGUAAUAAACUGAACUGAACUUUCAAAGUC